AUGUCAGGUCCGAUAGACAACCCAUAUUCGCAAAUUGGCGUUUUCCUCCCGUGGGCCUCGACCGAGACGCAAUGGGCAGUCAACGAGAAGGUUUACGACUAUGGCUUCAUGCUCGUAAAGAUUAUCAAAUAUGGUAUAUACAUAGUACAAUCGUUGUACGACGGCCAACUCUAUGUGAAUAAGCUGGUACAACGUGGCUCGGGCGAGAUGCACAAUGGUGGGGACUUCCACAACGAGGGCCAUCCUCCAGAUAUCCGGAAUUCUACAUGGCCACGGAAUCGUAGAGCUGGUGUAUCGCAAGCUGGAUAUCUUGGGCACGAGCGACAUUUCGUGCACUUAGACAUCUGGCAGCAACUGGACGAUGACACUUAUUCAAUGUAUUUUCAGCAUUGCAACGGUGGCGACCUGGGAAGCGUAAUCGACCAGCAUGCUUACCAUGGUGUUCGCAUACCGGAACAUUUCAUAUGGCAUGUAGCUGCCGAAUUGGGCGAGGCGCUCGCCUAUAUGUACUUCGGUCGGCGCAAAGGGGUUCAUGGCGCACGCGGCAACCGUCCAAACUGGACUCGCAUAUACCACAGAGAUAUUGCCCCGAAUAAUGUUAUGGUCCACUACCCAGACUCAAAGACCCGGGUUAGCAAGUGGAAGGGUCGUUUGACUGAUGCUUUCCCACAAAUUGUGCUCAUUGAUUUUGGCGAUUCGACGCAAGAGGGUGAUGACAUUGCGACAAUUCGUAAUGGCAUUUGGGCUGCCAGAGACGAGCUAGAGGUUCCUACUCCGUAUGAAGACGUCUAUCCCUACAGCCAAGUACUGCGGAAAUUAUGUAUGGCUCAUGUAUCUCGAGACGCCUAUAAUGAACACGAUCAACCUGAGAACCUGAGGCUAGCAGCUGUGAAUGGUAUGGGGGAUGGCACUCCUUAUUCUGACCUCCUGAUCAAUACGCUGCAACGCUUUGAAUAUGCAAACCAGGAAAAUGAUUGGGUCGAUUUCAGCCAGGAGCUGCGUGAUGGAGUGCCAAGCAUUGACUGGGUUUGCGACACACUGGUCCCCUUGGCCCGACGAGAGGUCGCAAGAUGGAAGCUCAUGAACCCAGAGACUCCGGGCGAAACCCUUGCAGAGAGUCUGGACAUGUCAUGGACAAAGCCAAAAGUUCUGAUGCCUUUCACGUGCGACCAUAGGACGAAUGAAGGCAUUGACAACUUCAACUCGCUAGCCAGUCUCGCCGUCUGGGAACAUCUCCGGCCAAAACAUGAACUCCGGAGGGCCGAGAUAGGAGCCGUAACGGAACUGAAUGCCUGGGGCCCGACAGCUGCAACAGCCAUUCUGGGUACGCCCGUGGAAGCCAUGGAUUCGUUUGAUUAUCGGAAGCUGAAUGUAUCAUCCCGCCCAAGACGUGAUUUCGAAAGAAAAGCUACCGAGCUGAUCUAUGUUCUACAAGGGUUGUCGGCCCACGAAGCUCAACGACUCAAUGGCGACGACCCUCCAUCUGAUGAUGACGAAGGGCCCGAUCAUGGUCGGAGGUUUGAGGAUCCCCCUCUCAAUUAUGAUCCCAGGAGGAACACCGAAAAGCAUCGACUGUUAAGGCACUUCAAUAUGGCUGUCGCUAAACUCGGCAAGGCUGCUUCCGACUACGACAGGAAACGGCAAAACAUCAGGGCGAUGGCUCGCGGCCAGCACAACCAGCUGCCGGAUGAUAAGAGGGAUGAUCCUGUGAAUGCACUUGACUCGACCGAUGACGGGCAUAGUAUAGCAGAAAUCGUCGACGCUCUGUACCCUGACGAAGACCCACCAAGAGACGAUCCUUUCGACGACCCUCGUGAGACUUGGCCUUAUGUGCCCAUGGAAGGGGACGAUGGAGAUGAUAAUGGAGGCGACGACGGAGGGGACGAUGGAGAGGACGAUGGAGAGGAUGAUGGAGGGGAUGAUGGAGGGGGUCAUGGAGGGGGUCAUGGAGGGCACGGUGAAGGUGAUGCAUCUAAUGAUACAAUGGAUGUAGAUCAGGAUGACGGCUAG